UCAAAAAUACUUCGAAUCUUAAAACCUUUUGAAACUAGAACCAAAUGGAUUGAUUAUUGGUGUGUGGUUGUAAUUUUAUAUUGAGGAUCCUGUUUAUUGCAUUUCAUUGCGACGAAAAGUUUAGGCGUAAUCAUUAUUUCUCGAUUGUAGGCCUUCAACUCACAGUGUUACACAACUAAAGUCGACCGGAAAAAAUGGCUCAAAGUAAACUAAAUGACUUGGCCGGAAAAUUCGGAAAAGGUGGUCCUCCCGGACUGACUACCGGAUUGAAGCUGCUGGCUGGUAUUGGUGCCGCUGUUUAUGGCAUAAACAAUUCCAUGUACACAGUUGAUGGUGGUCAUCGUGCGAUUAUUUUCAACCGAAUCGGGGGAAUCGGUGACGAUAUCUACAGCGAAGGUUUGCACUUCCGGAUUCCAUGGUUCCAGUAUCCGAUUAUCUACGACAUCCGUUCGCGUCCAAGAAAAAUAUCUUCCCCGACUGGCUCGAAAGAUUUGCAAAUGGUUAACAUUUCACUACGUGUUCUGUCUCGUCCAGAUGCCAUUCGUUUGCCGACAAUGUAUCGGCAGCUGGGACUAGACUACGACGAGAAAGUGUUGCCUUCAAUUUGUAACGAAGUGCUGAAGAGUGUGGUAGCCAAGUUUAAUGCCUCACAACUUAUCACCCAGCGCCAGCAGGUCUCGCUACUGAUUCGCCGUGAGUUGGUAGAGCGUGCAAAGGAUUUCAAUAUCAUUCUCGAUGACGUUUCGCUAACAGAACUAAGCUUCGGUAAGGAAUAUACGGCAGCCGUCGAAAGUAAGCAAGUAGCACAGCAAGAAGCGCAACGAGCAUUCUUCUUGGUCGAACGUGCUAAACAGGAACGACAGCAAAAGAUUGUUCAAGCGGAGGGAGAAGCCGAGGCAGCUAAAAUGUUGGGUCUAGCUGUCAGUCAAAAUCCUGGUUAUUUGAAGUUGAGAAAGAUCCGUGCUGCACAAAGCAUUGCUCGAACGAUCGCCAAUUCGCAGAAUCGUGUCUACCUCUCCGCCAACAGCUUGAUGUUGAACAUUUCGGACGCUGAGUUUGACGAUAUGUCCAAGAAAGUGUCAAAUAAGAGCCAAAUCCGUUCCUACCGUCCAAUGUAUAUUCCGAAAACCUCGUCUCACGAAAGAAAAGCGGCAGUUAGUAGUGGUGAUCCCAAGGAACACGAUACCAGCCUAAUUUCGAUAAUUGCUGAAGCAACUGCGGAACGGAUAAAUGGCAAUCUCUAGGAACUUACAUUUUUCAGACUUCGUAUUCAGCUCCGAGUACGAGGUAUAUAUUACUUAGUUACACGUGGCAUUUAAUUUACAAUUUGAUAUUCGAUGCUAGUAAUAGUAUAGUUUGUGCCGUAACGUAGUUGUUACGCGGAAAGGUUAUAAAAAUACUAAGUUCACAAAUAUAUCAUAUAUUAGA